UAACAGGUGCAUAUUAACAAGCUAGCAGGAUUCAAAGCGCUAUAUCUGAAUAACUCACCGCUAUAAGAGUGUUUUGUUUGCUCUGUCGCUUUUACCGGCAAGGUAUUCUUGCGUUAGUUUGUGCGAAAGAACUUAUCACGCCAUUAUUUGUGAUACAACAAAACCACUCACAGUCAGCAGUGGAGUUCCGGGACAGCUAACGCUAGCAACUCCGGUUGACGGAGCUGUCAGUAUGCGCUAAUUAUGUAAGUGGUCUCAAUGGGGAAAACUUUAACACAAAGACAUAAAAAUAUGUUUUUAGAGUUCUUACCUGCGGGUCGUUUACUAAACAGGUGCCGUGAUAGCGGAUAGAGAAUGUAAAAUAACAGGCAGCCAAUCAUGUUGCGGUUUUUGUGUGUGCGCAUGCGCGCUGUGAGGUCACUUGACUAUGGUGUGACGUAGUGAGACAUAAACAUCCACAAGUCACAUUGUUUUGCUUUUUAUUUCAGCUAAAAUCAACCUUAAAAUGUUUCCAAGCCAUUACAGCAAUCAUUUAUAUUCGAUUCCAUGUCUUUAUUGAACAUACACAACUCCAGAAGCCAUGAAUUAUUUAGUACUACACUAAAGGAUAGAAUUACAAGCUAGGAAGCACAGUGAAGGCAUUUAUUUUCACUUUACUGACUCACACAGAGAAGACAAUUCUUUACUAGUAGAAUGUUAAGUAUUAACAAAAGCUGACAAAAAAAAUGUCCACAUUAUCUUUUGAAUCACUUUGCUUAGAGGAUAAUAAUACAUCGACACUGAGACGAGGCUUGGAAGAUGAGCUUGACGCAGAAUUGGAGAUGGAUGAAAACAGGAACGGCGACACCUCUGUAGCCGACGUCUACCUGCAAGCCUGCAAGCUGGUGGGCGUUGUGCCGGUUUCAUACUUCAUCCGGAACCUUGACUCUCCAAUCAUGGCACUUAGCCACCGCAGCCUCGGCGCACUGGGGUGCAAGGCACUCAGUAUCGCAUUAGUGAGCGACAUGCAUAUCGACACUCUUGAACUGGCCGAUAACGACAUACAAGCAGAGGGAGCCAAGCACCUGGCAGAGAUGCUGAGGGCUAAUUUCACCAUCCAGAAUUUGGACUUAUCCAACAACCGUCUUCAUUCUACUGGAGCUGAGUAUGUGGGUAAAAUGUUGGCGGACAGUAUUUCACUAAAAUCCGUCAAAGUCUCAGGAAAUGGAUUCAUCGGUGAUGAUGCAAAGUAUUUUGCAGACGCGUUGACUAUCAAUUUGGGAAUUAAGGAGUUACACCUGAGCCAUAAUAAGUUUUGUGGAAGAGGAGGGGAGCAUCUAGGGUUCCUUUUGGCCAACAACGAGAGUCUGGAGGUGCUGAACCUUUGCUGGAACCACCUCCGAAUGAAAGGAGCUGUUGCUCUUUGCGCUGGCCUCAAGGUAAAUACCAUGUUAAAGCAUCUUGACUUAUCAUGGAACGGUUUCGGUAACGAGGGCGCCCUGGCUAUGGGCGAAGCUCUGAAAUUCAACAACACUCUAGCGCACCUCAACCUCAGCAACAACCGCAUCACCGACGAGGGUGUCGGGAUGCUCUGUAAGGGUCUUGAGUACAACGACGCUCUACGAGUUCUGCUGUUGGCUUACAAUUCAUUAACGGUAGAGGGAGCGCUGGCGUUGGUCAAUGUGGUGAAGAACACACCUAAAACUGCCUUGGAGGAGAUCAAUAUAUGUAAUGUGUUAGUCAAUGAGAACUUUUUGCGUUUACUGGAUUUGACGUGUGAGGAGCAUCCUGGUCUGGAUGUACAAUACGGAGGCGUGGGAGGGUUUAUUGCCAAGAAACCAGUAAAACGCAUAGACCCAAUGAAAGUCAUUCAGGACUAUCUGGAUCAACACAAGCUACGUCUUUGGGAUUUCUUCCGAAACAUUGACAAAGAUGGCACCAUGCGAGUCCCAGUGGCUGAUUUCAGGAACGCAGUACAGCAAUCAAGUAUUCCCUUGGAUCGAUUCCAGAUUGAGGAUCUUAUUCAGAGGCUGGCUCGUGAUAAGACAGGAAUGAUCGACUACAGAGGCCUGGCUGAUACGAGAAAGCAGAUGAUGAAGAAUCACCGCCGACAACUGCGUAAAGUCGCAUCCCGUCAGAAGAAAGAAAAGCACAAAAGCGACCGCAUCCUGAAGACCUUCCAAAACGCCGUGGAGGCGGUGACGCCGCGCGGUUCUAUGGUCAUGUCUCCAGGCGACCCCAGAGAAUCAGCUGGACCACGUCACUUCUCUGCGACGCCUCUUAGCUCUUGGCACCACAUUGUGACGUCCAAUAGUGCUCGGUAUUCAAUCUCCGACCCGAGCAGCGAUCAUGUCCACAUGCCCACAAAGCCUCCCGGUUACACCAGAUCUCCAACUUUGCACUCUCGCUCCCAACCCAACCUGUUGAGCGCGUUCCCUCGUUCCGCACAAGGUAAGUCCAUCUCCGCAGAGGCCGUACGCUCCAAUCCAGAGAUGGACCACGGCAUUCUUAACCAUCUGACCAGGUCUAGACCGGCUCUUGACGGUAACCAGAUUGGGAUCGAAGUUACACAUAAAAAAGGCAGGAAAACAAAAGCAAAGAAGUUUGUCGUGAAAUACUCGAAGAAUGCGACAAAAAUUGAAAAAAAAAACACCUGAAUGUCAGCGUUCAAUUCCAGUGACACCAAUCCGUGUAUCUCGAACGACUCAUCAAAUCCCGGUCCAAAAGUUUCUGCUGACAUUCACACCGCUAGUGACAAAGUUAUCCACACCUGAGGUGGGAUGUCUGUGUGCAAGGGGUAUUAUUCCACGUAGGUAUUAUUCAAAAAGUGUGAAGACUCACUUUUUCCCACCUCGAACGCAAUUAUCACCGUCCGUGUCACACCAUGAUGCUACUUUGAUGCUAUCUGAUUGAGGAAUCAGUUCAUUGCUUCGUUAUGUAUAAAAGGAACAGUUGAAUAAAUACCAGAUUUUCUGUUGGGACUUCUGUGUAAAAGGGGCUGGCGGAACCGAAUUUCUCUUCAGGAAUAAAGUUUACUGCUACUUGUUCCUUGUUGUACACAGGGCAUAUAUAGACAAACAACCAUUCACACUCACAUUCAUACCUAUGGACAAUUUGGAGUCGCUAAUUAACCUAGCAUGUUUUUUGGAAUGUGGGAGGAAACCGGAGUAUCCGGAGAAAACCGGAGCAAAUUCCACACAGAGAUAGCCGAGGGUGGAAUUGAACCCUAAUUCGGACGAGAGGCGGGGUACACCCUGGACUGGUGGCCAGCCAAUCACAGGGCACAUAUAGACAAACAACCAUUCACACUCACAUUCAUACCUAUAGACAAUUUGGAGUCGCUAAUUAACCUAGCAUGUUUUUUUGGGAAAUUAGGAAUAAGCCGGAGUACCCAGAGAAAACCCACGCAUGCACAGGGAGAACAUGCAAAUUCCACACAGAGAUGGCCGAGGGUGGAAUUGAACCCUGGUCUCCUAGCUGUGAGUUUUUCGCGCUAACCACUUGUCCGCCAUGCAGCCCAAAUUUGCAUAUUAAUAAUAAUUCAUGGUUCCAUUUAUCACAGUGAGUCUUCCAGGUCCUGAUGCAGCAAAACAGUCCCAGACCAUCACACUACC